AUGGCCAAGACUGGGUUGUGCGACUCCAAGCCCCUGCUGGACUUACACAAGAAGGUGGAUGAGAGGAGAGCCCCACUGAGAACCUGGGCUAACGCCUGUGGGCCUAUAGAUCGCAGGCAGCCUGCAGAAGUGGAGGAGCCCAAGACUGUGCCGGCCAGAGUGGAACCGGAACGCAGAUGGGAGAGGAGGCUGUCGACACAAACCAGUGAAAGCAUCAUCAUGGGAUUCCACGAGGACAGUCAGACAUGCUCUGCCGCGGACGAAUGUGUGGAGAACGCUGUGCUGCUGUACCCUCACGGGCUGCAGGGGCUUCACAGCCUCCAGGCUCUGGUCCCCAGCUUACUGCGGCACGCAGUAGAGGUGGCACUGGAGAAACUGGACCUGAUUUGGGACCGAGGCUACGCCUGGGAUUUAUUCCUGGACAUGAUGAGAACUCAAACACGGAAUGCUUUUUCCAAUGCUGACCUCCCUCGGAAUUUCACAGAUGCCACUCGGGCCGUGCUGGUAGACUGGAUCAUUCAAGUUCACGAGUUGGUGCACUUCCAAGAAGAGACCCUCUACCUGGCCGUGCACCUGCUGAACCGCUCCCUGCGACAGCUGAAGGUGACCACAGCCAACCUGCAGCUCCUCGGUAUGGUCUGCCUCUUCCUUGCAGCAAAGAAAGAAGAAACCCUCCUCCCAGAGGUGUCUGGACUAUGCAGCUUGAUGGACAACGCCUACACAAGGAAUCAGCUGCUGCGUUUGGAGCGCAAAGUCCUCUGCGCGCUGAAGUUCGACCUGUCCUACUGCCCCUCGCUGCAUUUCCUGCUCCUCUUUGCGUCGGUGGCCCGCGCCAGCGCUGGGAUGGUGUGGAUGGCCCGUUACCUGCUAGAGCUGUCUCUCCUGGAGGGCCAGUGCGCGGUGUUUCCGCCCGUGCAGCUGGCCGGAGCCGCCCUCUGCUUGGCCCGCCAGGUCCUGCAGGAGCCUCCCACCGCCGAGGGCGAGGCUGCCUGGUGUCUGGCCUCCAGCAUCCACGUUGGCAGUGAAACUUCUCUGCUAAAGAUCAUGCACAUUCUAGCCAGGACUGCAGCCAAGGCCCACACCCGGGAGACCUGUGCUACUUUUAUUAAGUUCUCCUCUCCAGAGACCAUGCAUGUCAGCAGACACCCAGGUCUGAAGAAUGCUGCGGGGCUGCUCGGCAUAUGCAGCUGA